UGGGGGAUGCCCAGCCGCGCGUGCAGCCCAGCCCUGGUGGCAGCGGGGCUGUCUCUUUAAACGCUCAGAGGAGCCGGGGCCAGAGGGCGGCUAACGCGUUUCCAUGGCACCGAGGCCGCAGGGGCUGCGGGGCCGCGGGGUUCGCUGGGUUCCAGUCGCUCGCGGCAGAGCAGGGGCGCGCAUCUUGGUGGCCGCGGCGCCUCGGCAGCACCCCGGCCACUCCUCCCGCGCUCCCAGGAGCCUGUGAUGCCCAGAGGGGCCAAGCUGCUGCCGAGCCCUCCGCGAGGAGACCCGCCUCGCCAGCCAGUCUCCCAAGCCCCGCACACCAACUUCUGCCCCGCGAGCCCAACUUCUGCUGCGGGCCCGGACUGCGGAGCCGGAGUGGCUCUAAGCGCUCAGCCGGGUGGCGGCUGGAGCAGCUCCGCCCCGCGGGAGAUGACCUCGAGGCUGUGGCUCUGGUGCUUGUGCACCUGGGUGGCUGCCGGCUGGCCUCCAGGCAGCGCCAUACAUCUCCGGCCAGACAUGCCUAAUGUGUGUGAAGAGCAGCAGCUGACCGUGGUGGGCCUUCCACGCCCAUGUGUCCGAGCAUUCACACACACCGUCAAGCUCUGGAAACAGGGCUGUGCCGGCCGGAGAUGGUGUGUGGGUUAUGAAAGAAGGACCCGGUACUACACCGUGUACAGACAGGCAUACAGCAUGGAGCAGCAGACCGUCUACAGGUGCUGCCCUGGUUGGCGCCGGCAGGACGAUGAACCUGGCUGCUUACGUUCUGUCUCUGCGGUAGCAACGUGUUUCCAUGGAAGGAGAUGCUCAGAGAGUGAAGCCCAGCUGUGCCGGUGUUCCGAGGGUUUUCAGGGACCCCACUGUCAAUAUGAUAUAAAUGAAUGUGCCAUUGACAAUGGUGGCUGUCAGAACCAAUGCUGUAAUACCAUUGGCAGUUAUUACUGCAAGUGUCAAGCUGGCCAGAAGCUGGAGGAAGACGGCAGAGGAUGUGAAGAUAUCGAUGAAUGUGCGGUGGUGAAUGGAGGCUGCCAGCAGCGCUGUAUUAACACUCUGGGCACCUUCCACUGUGAAUGUGAUACAGGAUACAGACUCCAUGCUGAUGAACGCACCUGCAUAAAGAUGGACCCCUGCACAGGUGUGAAUGGAUGUGCCCACAUCUGUCAGAGGGAGAAUGGAGUGGCCAGGUGUGCCUGUCACCCAGGGUACCAGCUGUCUGAAGACAAAAAGGCCUGCAGAGACAUAAAUGAGUGUGCAGAAGGGCUUGCUCACUGCGGCCAUCGCUGUGUGAACUCAGUGGGAUCUUUCACUUGUGCCUGUCACCCUGGCUCUGAGCUGGGAGCUGAUGGAAAACGGUGUUACAGGAUUGAAUUGGAAAUUGUCAAUAGCUGUGAAAAGAACAAUGGUGGUUGUUCACAUCACUGUGAACAUGCACUUGGUGGGCCCCGUUGUUCCUGUAACCAUGGACACCGGCUUGAUUCAGAUGAGAAAACAUGCAUAGACCUUGAUGAGUGUGAGAGUGGAGAAGCCUGCUGUGCCCAGCUCUGCAUCAACUACUUGGGAGGCUAUGAAUGCAGUUGUAAGGAAGGCUUUCAGAUCAGUUCUGAUGGUUGUGGGUGUGAUGCUUUAGAUGAUGAUGAGCUAGAGGAACGAGAAGAGGAAUUAGAAGUUGUGAGGUUCGCAGGCCUUCUGUUCAAGAGCCCGUCUAGACUGCUUCAUUAUGUUGCUCCCUCUCUGCCUCCCACCUACCAAGAUGAAGAAGAUGAGGACAAAGUGGGAAAAAAUAUUCGAGGAGAACUAGCUCUAUUGCCCAAAAUUGUCUGUUUAGAUCACACCUUUGGACAUGAUUGCAGUUUGAGCUGUGAGGACUGUAUGAAUGGAGGCCAGUGCCAGGAGGGAAAGAGGGGGUGCUCCUGCCCAGCUGGCUGGGGUGGCAUUCUUUGUAAUGAAACUUGUUCCCCCGAGACCAGUGGGGAAGAAUGUGGAAGCGUCUGCCAUUGUCAGAAUGGAGGCACCUGCGAUCCUCUAACUGGGCAGUGCCAGUGCCCCCCAGGGGUGCAUGGGAAAACCUGUGAACAUGGAUGCCCUAAAGGACUCUUUGGGAAGAACUGCAAAAGGAAAUGUAACUGUGCCAACAAUGGCCAUUGCCACAGGGUGUACGGUGCCUGUGUGUGUGAGCCAGGGCGCUAUGGGAGGUUUUGUCAUCUGAACUGUCCCAAGGGGGCCUAUGGGGCUGGCUGCGCUUCAGAAUGUCAGUGUGUGGAGGAGAACACCCUGGAAUGCAGCGCCAAAAAUGGCAGUUGCACCUGCAAAUCUGGUUACCAAGGCAACAGAUGCCAGAAAGCCUGCCCUGAUGGACUCUGGGGACCAGAGUGUGAGGUCUCCUGUGGACCCUGUGAGAAUGGAGGUCAAUGUAACAAAAAAACUGGAAACUGUGACUGUCCUCCUGGUUACACAGGAAAAGACUGCACCACACUUUGUCCACCAGGCACAUAUGGGAAGGACUGUAAACAGGUAUGUCAGUGUUCGGCCGAGAAAGAGGACUGUCACCCAGUGACAGGGAGAUGUACCUGUCUGCCCGGCUACCAUGGAAACCACUGUCAUCUUGAAUGUCCAAAAGGCACUUAUGGUCCCUAUUGCCAAAGGACUUGUAAGUGCUUGAAUGGUGGCAACUGUGACACCGUGAUUGGCACCUGUGACUGCCCUCCAGGCUUCAUUGGGGCUGACUGCAGUCAAACCUGUCCUGCCAAUCACUACGGGAAGGACUGUGUCCAGCGGUGUUCCUGUGGCCCAGGACAGUGUGACCCAGUGACUGGAGAGUGCCACUGUUCACCUGGCCAAAUGGGAGCCAAGUGUCAGCAAGGAUGUCCCCAGACAAGGUAUGGCCCAAAUUGUGAGCUAAUAUGUACCUGUAAAAAUGGUGGCCUUUGCAAUCCUGUGGAUGGAAGCUGUACCUGUGGCCUUGGAUGGACAGGAAAUUAUUGUGAAAAAAAAUGUUCCCCUGGGUAUUAUGGCCCAGGCUGCCAUUUUACUUGCACCUGUCAGAACAGUGGAGUUUGCAGCAGGUUUUCUGGAAGCUGUGAGUGCCUCCAAGGUUACUAUGGGAGAGACUGUGAACAUGCAUGCCUUCCUGGAUUUUAUGGUUUGAAUUGUGCUCAGAUCUGUGACUGCAGAAAUGGAGCCAGUUGUGAUGCAACGAGUGGACAGUGCAUUUGCCCAGCAGGUUUCCAUGGCAGCCAGUGUGAAAAAGAGUGCUCACCUGGAAUGUUUGGAGAUAAUUGCCAGCAACUUUGUGACUGUGAAAGCAAAAUCUCCUGCCACCCAGUAACUGGAAAGUGCCUCUGCCCACCUGGAAGAGCCGGAGCCAGAUGUGAAGCUGAAUGCAGGCCAGGCCAAUAUGGACCUAACUGCGCUCUGACGUGCCAAUGUGUCCACAGGACUCAGUGCAACCCGCUCAAUGGGAGCUGUACUUGCCCCUCAAAGAGAAUGGGUCCAACCUGUGAGGAAAACGUUUUGGAUGAUCUUCAAUAACGGAACACUAGCAGCUUUUCAGUGGGUGGACAGAAUUUCGCCAAGGCUCACCCACAGUUUAUCAUCUUAACUUUGGCAGGGAAAUGCACUUACUCAUCCAUCUUCAGCCCAACCUCUCCUGUUGUGAGGUGAAAAAUGAUGUCUCCAAUUUAUGGCCUCCAAGUAGAAGUUCCAUUCUCCAGCCUACCCUUCCCAACUUUCUUUUGCUGAAGAACAUGCCCAAGAAAGAGAGAAUAUUUUUUCAAGAUCCCAAUCGUAGUAACAUUUUGGACUAAUAAACGAAACUCUUUUUUAUAUGCACAGGCGGUAUUUAAAUUUGGAAGUAAGAAAUGCCUCUCAGUUCAGCUUGGACUGCACUGGAAUAUUCACACCUAGUCACUGAAGACCUCAGUGGUCAUUAAGUAGCUGGAUCCUCUUUAGAAAUGUCUAGAAUUUCAUCUAUUUAUUCUUAGUAUCCUGCUCCACAGCUGAGCCUGCUUCAGGUUGUUAAUGUAUUGUAUUUCGAACAUGACUUUUGGUGUGGGAGACUAUUAAGGCUUUAGCCACAUACAGAUCUGGGUAAAAGUAUGAUGGGCACACUUACAAUGAAUCAUCAAAAUGCUUAGUGGUGUUCUCCUCAUCACUGGUCAGCAGACAGGAAAAAAGUAACUAGAAAUGAUCAAGAUGAGAUGCUUAGCCUGCUCUGGGGGGGACACAAAUUUCCAAUAGAGUAGGGACUUCCUUCAUUUCAAGGAAAAAAUAAAUAAUAAAUAAAAACAGUGACUGCCAACAGGGAGAAUAAAACAAGAAAACCAGAUUUCUCUUCCUUACUAGAGAUCUUGUCUCCUAUUACAACACGUGAGAAACUCACUCUAGAAAAAAAGUUUCCAGAAACUUUUCAUGGUAGGAAAAAAAAAGAAUAAGAGAUUUCUUUUGGGUGAAAUUUUUUAUACCAUAAUGCUUAACUUUUUAUAAAUGAGAAGCCUUAUGUAAAAUGUUAAGCACAGUUCUUGGCAAAAGGUCAAUGGCCCAAUAUUAUCUCUUUUCAUCCCCCAUGCCACCCCAAACUCUAAAAUAAGUCAUGUGAGUGGGAAAGCAAAGCCAUAGCCUAACCCUAUAUUUGUACUAUCACAUGACCCAUAGACAAAUGGAGUUUCACCUUCAUCCUUAUAUCAGUCAAUAAGAACUAAUGCCUGUUACUGUGUAGCCACUUUUCUUUAUAAAAGUUUUAUAGGUUGUCUUUCAUAUCAAAAAAUAAAAUACAAAAGUGUUUAAUAUCCAGAAUAUUUCCAUUUUCUGCUUGGUCACCUUGAAAAAUCUUGAUUUAGAUGGCACCCUACAAAAGUUAAUAAUCGUGUGAUAAGUUAUUCCUUCUAAGAAAUAUUCCAGUUCUUCUGCUUGAGGACACUAGCAGAUGUCUGAAAAUUAUUAGAGGCAAUGACAUUUCAUUCAUGGACCAACAUACAAUAAAUGUUAAAUAAUGUCACAGCUGCAAAGUUAUCAAAUAGAAUUUCCUUGCAAAAUUAUGUAACUAGAAUUUUAAAAAUCAUUUUUAAUAGCUGCAUCUCAAAAAUGCUUCAAAUUAAGAAUAUAGUUCACAGUGACGUACAUUUCUGAGCAAAUAAAUAAUGUAGCCUUUUUACUUUCAUAAGGAUUUAUCUGAGCUUUCUACAUGUAAACAGUUAUUCAGGUAGAGAUAAGUGUAAUCUGCCUACCAAAAAAAAAACCCUGUAAUUUGCACAGAAUUUUAAAAAAUUCAGCUAUUUAAAAGUAAGUCAUGAUUUAAUAGGCAUGUCCUCUUUAAACUAAAGUCCAGUGUCAAAUUAGAGUCAUUGUCAUGGGGUAGAAAUACUUCAUAUUACUCCUACUUUCCCUCCUUCUAUAAUCUGCUCUUUGAAUGUAGAAAUGCUGACCCCGAAAGAAAUCCAUCCACCCAUAAUACCCCUUUAGAAAGGUGCCUAUGCUGUGAUGUUUCAGGCCCUUUCAUUUGAAAUACAAGAUCAGAGUGGGGAUUAUUAUGCUUUUCUGCAAUAAUAUAGCUCAAGUUUAAAGAAAACUGAGCAGAUGUAUGGAAGUGUGCUGGCUAAUUUGGAGUUUCCAUCUAGCAUGCGUGGGAUAUACCAUUUCAGUUUAACACCUAACGUUCCCCCUACUCUUUCUAACUUCUAUGCUCAUUUAUUGAGUUUUCCAGAUGAGACAGCUAUUUGACACAGGCUAAAUUAUUUUUAGAGAACUUGGAAAUCAUUCCAAGAGUUAGUGGCAAGAAUGGCAUUUCCUUUGUUAGAAAUAGCAAAGAGGGUUUGGCUUCUGCGGGGCCUCUUUCACCUCGGUUUCUUCGGGACCUGGUAAUACAGACGUAGCAAGAAUUUAAAAAAGCAUUUUGAUGAAGUGAACAAAUAAUAGCUACUGUCUGCACUCUAGGAGUUAUGUAUGCAAUUCCGUUGAAAUAACUUUUCAUGGUUCUAUGAUAGAAAAAGUAUCAAAGUAGCUGAGCUUUUAAAAUAGAUUUCAAGCAAUUCCAAAGUUUUGACCCUUUUUAGCUAAUCAUGUAGAAACUAUUUUCUACUUUUCCUGCUUAUAUUUUAGUUUUUCAAAAUAAAAGAAAAUAAUACAAAAAUCAAUAUUUGAAGUCUAGGAAAUAUAUUUAAAGGCGGAAGAUACCUCUUUUUAUAUUCUUUCAAAUACUGACAUACUCUUUCACUCUAAAUAUUUUGUCAAUAUUAUAUAAAACACCAUUUAAUCAUUCUUCAUUUUAAUGU